UUCUUUCCAGUUCCUCGUCAUCUUUUGUUUUAGCUUGUUCUUGUGACAAACCGUGUGAGUCGUUACUCGCUCUGUCCACCCGUAGCUGUUUUCGUCCACCGUGGUGGAGCUGCCCGGUGGCGCGGCUGCGGUCGUAGCUCAGCUCCCUGCGUGGUUUCCGGUGUUCAUCCGUCUGCAGGAGGAUGGCGUCUGGUUUCUACCGCAUCCCCUCUCCCGCCGGUCCUCCGACCCCCACUCACGGCCGAAUGUUGUCGGUUCCGGUCCGAAGACAGCAGUGAAAAACAUCAUUAAGCGACACGGGUGUUCAUGUUUAGCACUAAGAACGUGUAUAACCUACACAGAGCUCACCAUCGUGAUUACCAUUUCAUAAACUCCAUCAAUCUGCUGUGUGUGGCAUUAAACGCCUCAUCUCCUGAGUUCUGAUUCCUAAAGUGGAAGAAUGACGGAGGCGUGGCAGCAGCAGCAGCAGCACACAGUGGCUCCACCUUCUGUAGUGCACACACUUCCCCAGACCACGGACACUCUGUCCUGCACUGUGUAUGGUGUUGUCCUGCAACCAGAUUCCACUCUGCAGCAGCAGCUGGGCCAGCAGCAUGUUGUGCAAACUCAGCAGGCCUCCAUACAGCUAGGAGGUGAAAGAGUGCACAAGUGUGGCGCCUGUGGACAUGACAUAUCUCACCUGGCCAACCCCCAUGAACACCAGUGCAUGGUGACCCAAGACAGGUCUUUCCAGUGUACACAGUGCAUGAAAAUCUUCAGCCAAGCCACAGACCUUCUGGAGCAUCAGUGUGUGCAGGUGGAGCAGAAGCCUUUUGUGUGUGGCGUGUGUAAGAUGGGUUUCUCGUUGCUCACUUCCUUGGCCCAGCAUCACAACUCCCACGGCAAUGGAAACAACCCAAUGAAGUGUUCCAUUUGUGAGAAAACAUACCGUCCCGGAUCCGGAAACGUCACUCCCACCUCGUCUGCGGCCAAUCCUCAGCAGCCCUCCACCGGAGAGACAUCUGGUGGCGGCGCAGCAAUGAGUGCCUCAUCCCCACCUGCUUUUGAGGCCUCUGCACCAGAUAGGCCAUACAAGUGCUCAGUGUGCCAUAAGUCCUUCCGGCAUUUGUCCGAGCUAACCCGCCACGAAAGGGUACACACAGGUGAGAAGCCGUACAAAUGCGACACAUGCGAUAAAAGCUUCAGCCAGUCUUCCCAUCUGGCUCACCACCAGCGCACACACAGCUCUGAGCGGCCUUAUAAGUGUGCUGUGUGUGAGAAGAGCUUUAAGCACCGGUCUCACCUUGUGCGCCACAUGUACGCCCAUUCGGGCGAGCACCUAUUCAAGUGCAACUUGUGUGAAAUGCACUUUAAGGAGUCAUCAGAGCUCCUGCACCAUCAGUGCCAGCCAGAAGGAGAAAGGCCUUUCCGAUGUGGUUCGUGCGGGAAGAGCUUCAAGCGGCCGUCGGACCUGCGGCAGCACGAACGCACUCAUUCCGAGGAGCGCCCGUUUCAGUGCGAGGAGUGCCAGAUGAGCUUCAAGCAGCAGUACGCUCUCGUACGGCACCGUCGCACUCAUAAAAAUCCGGCUGACCGACCUUUCAAGUGUAAUCUCUGCGAUAAAGGUUUUCUUCAACCGUCACACCUGCUUUACCAUCAGCAGGUGCAUGGUAUGGAAAGCUUGUUCAAGUGUGCAUCUUGCCAGAAGUCUUUUAGCCAAUCCGGAGAACUGCUGAGGCACAAAUGUGGAGGUGAAGUAGAAAAGCCGUACAAGUGUGACGUGUGCGGCAAAGGUUACAAAAAGAACUCCACGCUGCAGCGCCACCAAAACACUCACUGCACAGAGAAGCCGCUGAAAUGCUCUCUGUGUGACAAGCGCUUUGUGUCAUCCUCAGAGUUUGUCCAGCACCGCUGCGACCCGACACGCGAGAAACCGCUGAAAUGUCCCGACUGUGAGAAACGCUUCAGGUACUCGUCUGAGCUACAGCGCCAUCGCCGUGUCCACACUGGGGAGAAACCUUUCAAGUGCGCCAGCUGCGACAAGAGCUUCAAACAACGCGAGCACCUGGCCAAGCACCAGAGCGUGCACUCACGCGAGACGCAGUUUAAAUGCGUGUGGUGCGGCGAGCGUUUUGUCGACCUUGCUGCUCUGCAGGAACACACGGUCCAGCACACCGCCGAAGGGGAGAGUUUCCCGGAAGCGCCCUGUAUCCCGUGACCGCUGUCAUUCUGCAGGCUUUUGGACAGCAAACAGCAAUGUGUUGCAGCCUCCUCACUCACCUUUGUUGCUUCAAACACGCACCCAUUAAAGAAGAUCCCUGAUUUGUAGUAAAGUAUACAUGGUGUUAACACUCAAUUAUCCUUCCUUGAGUAUAAGGUCAAACUCAGGAUCAGGAAUCCUUUCGUAAGUUUAUAUUUGAGGUAAAGCGGAAAAAAAGGGUUGUGAUGUAAAAAGUGGAGAGAGCUCGUGGGACUUUUUCUUUUCUGAUGUUGCAUGUGAUGUGAUUGCAUCUGUUUUUUUAAUUGUUUACUCUGUUGUGGAUCGCAAGACUGCUGUCAUGUGUGCUCAUGUAUAUUGCUCCUGACAUCUAUGUGCCUUUUUUUUUUUUUUUUUUAACAGAUCUUGUUUUAUUGAGUUGUAGACCAGUAAUAGCUGACUCACUCCCAUCCAUGCAGUGUCUGCCCUGUGCAGCAGUAUAUGUCCACAUAAUACACUUUAGAUAGUAUUAUCUGUGCAUGAAUAUUUAUCACAAUAUCACUGUUGUAUUAUAGGUUUGUUUUAUUUAGAAAAAUACCAUAAGAAGAAAAAAAAAAGAGUAGAUUUGUGAAAAGUGUAUAGCCUAUGUCCUAUAAAAUGUGUUAUUGCAUCUUUGUAUUAAAACAAAUGACAUUUGGUAACUUAACAUACCUAUCAUGUCACAAGAAGACUUGACGUGCAAUAGAAAUGCACAAUGUAAUAUAACUACUGAGUCAUUGCAGUUCUACUCUGUUAUAGAUGGUGUGUAUGCUCAUGUAAACAUUGAAAAUGUGUAGUGCUUCUGUUACCUUUUGUUUUUACAAUUAAGCUUGCUAAUACUUUGCAAGGAUUUAAGUUUCUGUUUGACUUAUGACAUUCUAAUGAACUAUCAAAUAUUAUAAUGUUCACUUGUAAAAAAAAAUAGCUAAUUACUGUGGUAGAUAAAAAUGAAGUCAUGGGGCCUGUUAAAUCCUCCCAGGAUUCCUCAUCUGUACUUGAGUACUUGACUCACAACAGCUUCACGCUGCAACAUGUACAUUUGUUUGUACUGAGGAUAAAGUGGGAAAAUGUAUGAGUUAGUUUACAGUGUGAUAUUUCUAUAUUAUGUCAAACAUUUUGCAGUAUAUUUAAAAGAAAUGGUUUGAGAAAUUCUGCAAUCUUGGACUUGCAGAGCGUAAUCACUUCACACUGAAUUUGGCUUAAAAACUAUAUAUAUAUAUAUAUAUAUAUAUAUAUAUAUAUAUAUAUUAGACUCCUGUAUACAGGCAAGUAAAAUAAACCACCUUGAGGAAUAUCCAAGUGUAUAUGGAUUUUAUAAAUUGUAGUUAUUUCCUUUUUUAAUCACAAAUUGUGUACACUGUUGUGGUAUGUAGUUUUACAAUGAAUAGUUCUAAAUCCAGAGGCACAUCUUGCCACAGAUAAAUUUGACCAUUUACAACCCCAAUUCCAAUGAAGUUGGGACGUUGUGUUACACAUAAAAACAAUACAAUGAUUUGCAAAUCAUGUUCAUCCUAUAUUUAAUUGAAUACACUAUGAAGACAUUUAAUGUUAAUACUGAUAAACUUGAUUGUUUUUAGCAAAAAAUUAACUUAGAAUUUUAUGGCUGCAACACGUUCCAAAAAAGUGUGUUACAUCACCUUUUAACAACAUUCAAUAAACGUUUGGGAACUGAGGACACUAAUUGUUGAAGCUUUGUAGGUGGAAUUAUUUCCCAUUCUUGCUUGAUGUACAGCUUCAGCUGUUCAAUAGUCCGGGGUCUCCGUUGUUGUAUUUCAUAAUGCAGCACACAUUUUCAAUGGGAGACAGGUUCGGACUGCAGGCAGGCCAGUCUAGUACCCGCACUCUUUUACUACGAAGCCACGCUGUUGUAACACGUGCAGAAUGUG